GUCUCAACAUAGUCUAGCAACAUGCCAAGUGUCACGUGUUUAUGAACACUACUUCGCUCUCGUUACUGUCCUGACUAGUCAGCGCCCUCUGGUGCUUGGCAUACUCCGUCGCGUAGAGGUAGACGUCCAACGUCCGUUCCGUGCACUCCGCGAUGAAACGCACAAACGGUCUGACGUCUCCCUCGUUGCCCAACUGCAGGUACUCGUAGUAGAGUGCACGGUCUUGCUUGCGUACGAUAACUGGUGGGUAGCCAACCCGCAUCAAGAGGAGGUUCAUUAAAAGGCGCGCAGUCCGUCCGUUUCCGUCAACAAAUGGAUGAAUGUAGACGAGCUUGUAGUGUGCCAAUGCAGCAUAUUUCACAGGGUGCAGUCUGAGGACUUGUUCCGAGUUUAGCCAGUCGACAAAGUCUUCCAUGAGGUCGUUCAGUUCGCUAGCUCUCGGAGGAGUGUGUUCCCCGACGUAGACCUGCAAAGUGUUCAGACAAGUUUGUAAAGGAUCUUGCAUCUUUGUGGAGCCAGUACAAUGCAUAUUGUCCCUGUCGUCACAUUUUUCAUGACCAUGGUCGUGGAAACAUUUUUCACUUUGCAGUGGAAACUGUAUGCUGGCACCUUUGUUGCGGGGUAAAAGUUUCUUUGAUACACCACUAGGGAGAGUACCCUCACGCACCCUAGCUCUGACAAAAAUAUUUUUGACAGAAAGGAACCUACCUGCGAUUGCCUGAGCAUUCCCGCAUCGAUUGGGUUGACGUUUCCGAGCACUCUUCGAUGCAUUUGCAAGAUAUCGUUGACGGUCAAUAUUCCCUUAUUGACGAGCGUGUUGUUGACAUAUUUUAGUGCCGCUUCCAAACCUAGAAUCUCAUUGUGUUCUAUAAUACUCUUCCCAGGAACGGCCAUACGCGUCUCCACGACCAUACGCGUCUCCGCGAGGGUCAUUGUGUUUCCUUCUAUUGCGACCGUGUGAUGAAUGUGUUGAAAGUAGGCUUCCUUCUUCAUCCUUUUCAGCGACGGAUCGCUCUCCGGAAUCUGGAUGAGGAACAUUCGCUUCUUGUCGAUGCGCGAUAGCUGUUUCUCGUCCAGUUUCUCAACCACCGGAAGGGUGCGCUGUCGAUUGACGAGUGCCUGCGAGUGGUCCGGUUUCACAACCAGGGCUCGCGUGUACAUGUGGUCGGCUUUGAUGAAAUCUUUCUUGUGGUUCUCGAGGAACUCUCCGUACUCUGUGAGAAUGUCUGGAUGGCUCGGGUCCAGGAUCAUGGCGUGCUGAAAGAGCUUGAGGGCCUUUUCGUACUUGCCCAUUUUUGUCAUGUGUCGGGCGGCUCGCAAAGAUGUUGUCGCUUCGACCUCUGAGAGAAAGACAGUAUUGCAGUGGGUUUGUGAGCACACCGCUGAAGCUAGGUAACAAGUACGAAAUCAAUAAAAAUUGUAAGACAAACCUGAGACAAAAAGGGACACACGCAACUCUCGUUACAACUGUUUUACGCGUUGUGCGUGCGAUUUGGAAAAGUAAUCAUUCAGGUACGUAGCAAAUUGGAAGCAUGAAAUUUUCACACUGUCCCGAAAGCAACACCGAUAACAUGAUUCAGUACGAGGCAUACUAUACACACAGCGGUGACAAAGACAUACGUACCAUCCCUUUCUCUUUCUUCAUUUCGUUUUCGUGCUUGCAAGUGGUUAUAAACAUCAAUGUAUUCUUCGUUCACUUGAAUCUCUUGAGAGUCUGGCAAGAAGUUUGGCAAGCUGCGUUUUUCUGCCAGCUCAGUUUUCCCAAUGUACGGCGUCAGUUCUAACUUGGGCGGCAGAACGGGUUGCUUUCGUAACCGCCAUAAGGAAGGAGCCCAGGUUAGAGCUAAACUUACAAGCAACACGACCACUCCUACGAUCACAAACGAGGCACCGAAACUGAUCACAUAUUUCUGCGAUCUGAGGUCCUGGAACAUGAGUGACAUCACCCAGUGAUGUGUAGACAUCACCAUGCUUUCAAAUUUCACAUAAAACCACACGAAAGCGUUGAAAUUCAUCACCGAGGGCUGUGAAAAACAGCGCGGGUAACAUUACUCUGCUGCUUCUACCAAAAGACCAAAAUGACGAAAACAACGCCGACAACGCGUCAGCAUUACGACCCGACACCGGAUGUUGCGUUGUAAUGGCAUGGUUUGUAACGGAGCAGAAAUGGCAUAUAAUCAAAUAGUCUGUUAUUAGACAUUUAUUCGGACUUAAAUAUAUACACAAGUUUGUUUUAAAUACGACAAAUAUUCCAAUAACCGGUAAUAAGUACGAUGAUUUUUUCUUUUUUUGUGGAUUUCAGCUAAUUGGUUUCGAUUUUAAUAUUAUUAAUGCUAACUUUACCUUGCACGAUGAUUAAAACAAAUUAUGUUACAUCAACUUCUCCUUUGAGCAUAAAAUUUUGUAUCUCUCAGUUCUUACUCGAAGUACGAUAAUAUGGCCCUAUAUGUAUGUUUUUAAAAAUGGCGGCAGCCAGUCGAUUGAACCGGUCUCUUGGUGCUGGAGAUGGCAAAUCGAAUAUUCCUAAUAAUUCCCUGCGGAAUGAGGAUGAUGUGGAGUACGAUAUAACGUUCCCAUCGCCUGGAAAGCGCCGGUCGGAUUUUUCGACUGCCAAAGAGCCAGUUGUUUACUUGCUCGGCUGGGCAGGAUGCAAACAUAGACACUUGUCAAAAUACGGGGCCGUCUACGAGGAACAAGGAUGCAUAACUGUCAAGUACAUUGCACCACCCAAGUACUUUUUUCAACCGAAAUUGAGCGGCAGUGUUUUGGAAGACCAUGCUUUCACAUUAGUAAAUCUCAUCGAAGACUUGAAGCUUGAAGAACAUCCAUUAUUUUUCCACGUCUUCAGCAAUGGUGGGGCAUUCGUCUAUUCGCUAAUGAGUCGCCAGAUUCGUGACAGGGUUGAAAUCAUGUCUAAGGUACGUACUACGCGAGACAAAAUGAUUCGGUUUUUCGAAACUCUCGACUUGGAAAUGCAACAUGUCGCCUCCACCAUUUUCUUUUUCAAUCAAUCAACCGAUCAAUCACACCUGGUUCUUGCUUCUACAAUAGGUGGAGCAAGUUUCUGGAGCAGCUCGCCGCACGUGCAGCAUCUGGUUAUGUACAGAGAGCAGUACAUGAAAAGCGUCGUCGACUUCAUGCAGAGUUGUCUCAGUGGGAAAGCCUUAGAGCAAGACAAAGUAGUAGCGCCAUGAUGAGAGAUAUGCCCUAGCUGUAUUCGACGCAGAUAUGACAGAC